GCGGAGCAUUAUUCAAGUGGGGCAGGGGAGGGGUGUCAGCAGCCUGCUGGCGGCCGGCCCUUUCUUGGCCAUUGGGAAACAGCUAAUUAGUGUAAUUGUGAGUCAUCCAAAUACUACAGUAAAGGGGGACGAGAGCAGAGAGCAGCGGAGGUUCUUUGCAAAGUGAAGUGUUCCUCAUCUCCCCAUUGCCGUGCUGAGGCAGGCUGGCUGGUGAGUGACUGUUUUCUUGGGUACCCUGCAACAGGCGGUCUCCGCAGCUUCCUGGCUUCAGUCGCACCUUCAUCAAGAUAGCAGUUUUUUGUGUUUCCACUUUUUUCUACAGUGGAUUGUUUUGGCUGAAAUAAAGCUACAGCUCCGGUGCACGUGGCAGCCAGUUCAGUCCCUGGCAUCGCAACUGAGUAAAGAGAGCUCUCAGGUAACAAGAUUUGGGAAAGACUUCAGUCAAAGACCCCAGAGAGAUGCUGUCUGCUGGAACAGUCUAAAAGCUACAUGCAUGAGCAGUCUGAUUCAGAGGAACUUCAGAUGCUUUCAACAAGUGCUGGAAACAGGAGAUGUCAUGCUUGUCCAAAGGGUAGCACCAGUGGAGAGUUAUCUUCCUCAGAGUAAGCCCUAGACCCUUUUGAACUGAUGCUUAAUAAGCUCACAACCUGGAUCUAGCUGGAAUACCACAGAGGUUCCCAUGGAUUCUUGUUCCAUAUUCCAAGAUCUUGAAACAUGUUUUGGAUGACUGCAACGGACACUGAGCCAAAUGAAGUAACAUCCGUGCAGUCUCCUGGUAUUCUGCUUGUGAAGGUCUCAGAGCAAAAAAUCAGGUUCAAAAAGAAACAGGACACAGAUGAAGAGAAGCAAGGAAUAUGUUUGUGUCAUUCAUGUCCCAUUUCCUCCAUGAGAGCAACAUAAAUUGGCAUAUUUUGGAUGACUUUGAUGGCCUUUCUACAAACUCAAACGUUUUUCCUUGCUUAUUUGUGGAUAGCAUUCUGUGGCUUUAUGGCUGUUUCUUUAAAAACCCAGCAGAAACUAAGGAAGAGAUUUUUGGCUCACUGCUUAACCCUGUGUCGUCAAGCUUCCAGCACAGUAUGGAGAACGUCAAAGAGGACAUCCUAAAAAGAGUAAUGAAAAGAGUGGUGGUCUGGUUCCUUCAACCAGCAUGCGUCUACAAAUGGAGCAGUUGUGGUGGAAGAAAUGUGGAUUUUCAAAUAUGUUCUUCAGUCUAGAGUUCUCUUUCUGACUCUGCAUUUUGACAGUCAGAUUCAGAUUUUCAUUUUGCUUUUUGUCAACAAUGUAGAAGUAAAAAUUCUUGCAACAUUAUCAAACAUUUGAUCUUGGCUUUUUUCAAGAAGGGGACAGAGUGAAGCACAAACAUUGGAUGAUCAUUAACCAGCAUCAAAAAUGGGCUCGACCUCUGGGAAUUUUUCUGAAUGCCUAAACUGUACCCAGACUGUGGAUCCAGUGAGUGUUUCUAAGGCCAUACUAUUGGGGGUCAUCUUGGGGGGGCUGAUCAUUUUUGGGGUCCUGGGCAACAUUCUGGUUAUACUUGCAGUAGCCUGCCACAGACAUCUACAGAGUGUAACUCAUUAUUGCAUUAUCAAUCUGGCUGUGGCUGAUCUCCUCUUGACUUCUACCGUCCUUCCUUUCUCUGCUAUUUUUGAGAUAUUGGGCUACUGGGUUUUUGGGAGAAUUUUCUGCAACAUCUGGGCAGCUGUUGAUGUUCUGUGCUGUACAGCUUCUAUCAUGAGUCUUUGUGUCAUCUCCAUAGACCGAUACAUAGGGGUGAGUUACCCACUAAGAUAUCCAACCAUCGUGACUGAAAAAAGGGGUCUUCUAGCCCUGCUGUGUGUCUGGGCACUCUCACUUGUGAUAUCCAUAGGGCCCCUCUUUGGCUGGAAGCAACCAGCUCCAGAUGAUGAAAAAAUAUGUCAGAUCAACACUGACCCUGGUUAUGUGUUGUUCUCUGCUCUUGGCUCGUUCUACCUCCCCUUGGUCAUCAUCCUGGUGAUGUACUGCCGAGUAUACGUGGUGGCCAGAAGGGAAAGCAAAGGACUUUCUUGUGGCCUGAAAACAGAAAAGUCCCAUUCAGAAGAAGUGACUCUCCGCAUCCAUCGCAAAAACACCACAGACCCCAGAUCUACACCCAACUCGAAGCACAAAUCCCAUUUCUCUGUAAGGCUCUUGAAGUUCUCCAGAGAGAAAAAAGCAGCCAAGAGCUUGGGAAUAGUUGUGGGAUGCUUCAUCCUGUGCUGGCUUCCUUUCUUUUUAAUCAUGCCCAUUGGUUCCUUCUUCCCUGCAAGCAAACCCUCGGACACGGUUUUUAAAAUUGCAUUUUGGCUUGGGUACCUAAACAGCUGCAUCAACCCCAUCAUCUACCCAUGUUCCAGUCAGGAGUUCAAAAAGGCAUUCAUAAAUGUCCUGAGAGCCCAGUGUCUCCAGCGGAGGAACUCGGCUAACAAGUACUCUCUCAACUUCAACCUCAACCAUCCAAGCAGCCAUGUGGCAGAACCUCCAAAGAAUGUCGUCCGCAUUCCUGUUGGGUCCGGAGAAACCUUCUACAAGAUUUCUAAAUCAGAUGGCAUCUGUGAGUGGAAGCUUUUUUCAGCCAUGCAAGGCAUGCCGACCAAGAGCCCCACCCCUAAAGACAAGUCCAGCUGUGCUACGGCCAAAGUGAAGAGCAAAGGCUUCUUGCGGGUGUGCUGUUGUGCAGGCACAUCAGGAAACACCCCCCAGGAAGACAGGAAAGUGCCCGCCAUUAAAAUACACACCAUUUCCAUUAGCGAUAAUGGAGAAGAUGUCUGAAAGGCAUUUGCCAUUCUAAUGGUGAUGACAAAAGGUUUACAGAGAACAUUUGAGUUCUGGGCAACCUGAUGAUGAAGUGACUAGUUUUAGUAGGAAUAAAGGAGGCAUCAACCAGAGGUACAUGCUGAUACAGUAGCACAUGGUCUAUGCGCUUUGGUCUGAUCCUCUGGGGAUGGAAAUGCUAGGGGGAAUCUGGUCCAAGCUGUUUCCAGGCCCACUGGAAUCCACGGGAACUGCAAAUGAGCCUAUUUGGGACAGGACUCCUUGAAACAACUCUGUUAUUUCCAAACUAUUAGAAAACGUUUCUGUGUUUCAAUUUAUUUCAUUUUGAACUGUUUAGUAAUUUUGUUCUUAAAGUUCAGCUGGAGCUAACAGUAUUAUAACAUAUCCUACAAGAGAGAAAGAUUAAUAUAAGUUAUUGAUGUUGGCAGAGGUACUUUAGGGAUGGCUGUAAGUUUAUGUCACAGGGUAAUUUUUUAUUUCAAAAGUGCAAAUUUGACUGGGCAGCAGGGUAACAGAGAAGGCAAAAAUGUGAAAUGGAGGAGGGUCUUUGAUUGCUCCAUUUUGUUAAAGGCAUGAUUUGGGUCUUGUGAAACUAUGAGUACCAUGAGUACAAAGUGAAU